AUGGAGAGAAAACUAUCCAAUCGAAUAUGCCCCACGAGUAGACAUAAUUCUAAGGAGAGUGUGGUAGAUGAACUCUCAUUAUAUACUAAUAAAAAAGGCCCAAAUGAAAGCGAAAUUUUGAUGGUACAAGAAAAAGUAGAAAACGUAGAAGAAGUAGUAGUAGAAAAAGUAGAAAUAGAAAACGUAGAAAUAGAAAACGUAGAAAUAGAAAACGUAGAAAUAGAAAACGUAGAAAUAGAAAACGUAGAAAUAAAAAACGUAGAAAUAAAAAACGUAGAAAUAGAAAACGUAGAAAUAAAAAACGUAGAAAUAAAAAACGUAGAAAUAGAAAACGUAGAAGAAGAAAAGCAAAACAAAGUACUCAUUGAUUUUUAUGAGCGUAUAAAAAAUUGUGAAAAGAAAAGAAUGGAAUAUAUAAUGAAUAAAGAAGAAAUGGAAGACGGGUUUUUUGAAAAAAAGACAACAUUAAAAAUUGGGAAGCAGAAAAAGCGUACAGAAGAGCAAAAGAUAAAUAACAAUCAUCCUCACAUGGAUCGAAUAAAAAAUGAUCAAAUUAAUUACAAGGCAAUAGGUGACAUGCAUAAAUCUAUCUAUGAAAGUAAGAUAUAUUCGAAGGAUAAUAAAUGUGUGCAUCCUUUGCAGUCAUGCGUUACAAUAGAUAAAAUGUACAAUCACAACAAUUCAAUGGGGAGGAAUGGAACGUCAAAUACAUUAAAUUUUAGUUCUAACUUAAACUUUUCAAAUCUUUUUUUAAAUGGAAGAAAUGAAAAUUCUUACGCUAGUAGAGAUUACACGAAAUUGAAGGAAAAAACAAAACAUAAAAUUACAUCAUACGAUGAUAUAACAAAAGUGAAAGAACAAAUAGUGCAUGGAUCACUUGUUACACACACGGAUAACCUAAUUAAUGUUAUUGGAAAAAUGAGAGAAGAAAGCCACACCAAUAGGUUAGAAUCGAACAUGGGAAAUAUGAAUUUAACUGAUGAAAAUAUUAUGCAAAUAUAUUUUGCACUGAAUAAUGAACUGAAUGAAAAUAUAAUACAUAGUACCCAUUCUGCACAAAUAAAGAAGGAUGAAAAUACAGAAAAAAAUAUCCACCUUAGGGAAAAAAAUACCCAUUGUGUUAUGUCUCAUUCGUUGGAUAGCAUUCCUUGCCAUCCUGAUGAAAAUUACAACAUACAAGUGAGGAGAGGGGUUCCUAACCAAGUAGAAAAUGACGAUUCUUCAAUUUUUGCACAUUUGCAUCGAGAUAUGCAACGGAAUGUACCCAUUCAAAGUUACAGAAAUGGAUCCCUUAGUGCAAAUAUAAAGCAAGAACCGUUUCAUUGCAAUGAGGGGAAGAUGCUACACCAGAACAAUGUGGAGAAUAUACAUCUUAAAAACUUGGAGGUAUGGACAGAUCAGAAACAGUCCUGUAAUAAUCCAAGGGUAAGCACAGAUUCUCAAAAUGCAGACAGAACAAUCACGCGUACCGAACUACAAAAAAUGAAUAACCAGUUAGCCUUCCAAAAUUGGAGUAAAAAAAGAAAAUUAAAGAAUAAUGAAACAAUUCAUGGUAAAGAUUAUGAAGAACAUAAUAGUGGUUCUGAAAUGUGUAAUGAGCUUUAUCAGAACAGUAAUUUUCCAAUGCAGAAGAAAAAUAAUGCAAAGGAAGAAAUCGAAAUAUGUAGCCACGCCCCUACGAGCCUUCCUCAGAGUAUUAACCAGAGAGUGAACUGUAAAAAUGAAAACACUGGAAUUCGCAGAUAUAGAAGGAUUUUUGGAGAAAAAAAGAAAAGUAAAACAAACGAAUACAGUAGGAAUUAUGGUUCACUACCAGCCAAACUUAUUGAAGAAGGCACAUUGCUCUGGAAAGGUAACGAACGAACGGGUGGUGAGAACAGAAGUACCAAUAUACAUCUAAAGUGUGGUGAUAAUGAGGUUAAUCGAGAGAAUAAUGCGCGUCUGUUAUCCCAUGUUAAGAUUAAACGCAGAAAAGAAGGGACCCAUAAAGAAUCGCACGAUAUGAAUCCAUGUAAAAAUAGGAUAAAAUUAAAAGAGGAGAAUAAAUUUCACCAAAAUUAUGAACUGUUCAGAAAUUUUGUGUUUUCUUUUAACAAUCCGCACACCUUGUGUUUCGCUAGCUCUGCAACUCCAAAAGGAGAGGGAGAAAAUGAAAACAGAGCAAAAAGUGAAAAAAAUUCCCUGAAAUACAAGAUGCUGAAAAAUGGAAAAUAUUCUCAAUUAAAUAAUAUAAUUCGAUAUAAAAAAUUUGAGGAGAAAUAUUUCCCCGAAGAUUUGAUAUCAAGUGACUUUCAGUGGAGAGAACUGGAUGGGACAAUCUCUUCCCAUGCACACGACUUUUUGUUUUUUGAUGAAGAAGAUGAGAACAUGGUUUCUUUAGAUGUGCUCGAUGGCGGUACCACGAGUCUUAGCUCAAGCUGUAGUGGAAGUGGUGACAAAAGUGCGAGCGGCGACGGAAGUGCGAGCGGCGACGGAAGUGCGAGUGGCGACGGAAGUGUGAGUGGAGACAUGACUGUGUGUGACGACGGAAAUGUGUGUGACGAUGGAAAAGUGUGUGACGAUGGAAAAGUUUGUGACGAUGGAAAAGUUUGUGACGAUGGAAAAGUUUGUGACGAUGGAAAAGUUUGUGACGAUGGAAAAGUUUGUGACGAUGGAAAAGUUUGUGACGAUGGAAAAGUGUGGGGGGGCAUGAGUGAAAGUGGAUCCAUGAGCGGCAGCUGUGGAAACCAUAAUAUCGAUGGCUGUAAAAUGUGCCUUACUAGCGAACAGAAGUCGAUUUCCCCUGUACCAUCCAAUAGUCACCACAAAGAAGCAGAACACAAGGCAUGGGAAUGCAAAAAGGAGAGAAAUUCAAAAAUUAAACAAAGUGAUUGGAAUAGUAACAAGGUUAAUGUAGAUAAUUCGGAUCAAAAGGUUAAUAAAAGAGAAAUGAUAAACACAUGUAAUGUGAAAAAAUUAUUGGAAAUAGGAAAAUUUCCCCGACGUGCUUCCUCAAAUGGAACAGUGCAAAGGGAAAAUAAAUGUGUAAUUAUGUAUGCAAAAAUUAUGAACAUAAGUUUUACUUACGCUGCAGAUGUGUUGAAGCAACUUAGUCAUCCAGCAGUUAAUUUGUUUAAUACAAACAAAACUCAUAUUGUUAAGAAGAAGGAUAAGAAAGUGGAACACAAUCUCACAUUGUUGGAUGAUGCUGGUGCUGAUGUUGGUGCUGAUGCUGAUGCUGGUGCUGAUGUUGGUGCUGAUGCUGGUGCUGAUGCUGGUGCCGAUGUUGAGGUGGAGUUCACUGCUUUUGGUGACAAGACAGAUGGAUUAGAGUGCAUCGCGAGGAAAGGGUUAACUAGAGGAGAAAGACACCAAGUCAUGUACGAAUUGGGACAAAGGUCGAGAUGGAAAUCAGGAAAAGAAGAACCAUGUAGUGCACCACGAGGAUCUGAAAAGAAGAACCUUGAUGAGGCAGAGCAAGCAUUUUGCACAUGGGAAGGGGGAGAAACUGGGAUAGAAAAAACAGGAAAAGGAAAAUGGAAAAAAAAUGAGGUAGAUCUUGAAAAAAGGAAAAAAAAAUUCAUAAGUCACAAGAUUAAAAGACAUCUUCUUAGUAUGAACGCACGGAUAGUUAUAAAAGAAUGGUAUAUUGAUUAUGGGACAUCACCUAGUAGCACACCUUACAUUUAUGUAGUGUCUGAAAAUGAAAAUAGAUAUAAACUCGAUCGAGUUCACGAUAAAUAUUAUUCUAUUUUUACUAAAGUGAGACUAAAAUUUGAAGUCACAACUAGAGUUGUAAAGACAUUACAAGUAUGUCCCAAUAUUACCUAUGAGGAACUAGUUGGACUCUUGACACUCCAUGAGUCUAUUAGCAAAAGGAUGAGAAGGGAGAGGCUCCAGGGAAAGAAAGAGAUGCAGCGGCGAGCAGAGAUGCAAUGGCAAGAUCAGGGAAAUAAAUCUGCUAAACAGUCUGCUAAUACAAGCAAGAAGAAGAUUUGUAGAAAAAGGAAAUACAUAGCCACUUCAAAUCACAGUGAAUGUGAAGAACUACACAGAAUGAUGGAAGACUUGUCAAAAGUAAGAAAGACAAUGAAGCUGAAAAAAAAUGAUGAUCAGAAAGACAAAGAACAUAACUUAAUGAACAAGCAUCAAAUGAAAAGGAAAAAAAAAAAGAAAGACUUCCCAAUAGUUAGCAUAAGCUUAUCAGAAAUUAGUGGAACAGGUAUACAUAAAAUGCCAGAUGGAUCGGUAAGUAAAAUGUGCACAUGGGGGGCACCAUAUGCUGUUUAUAAAUGCAGCAAAAAAGUAAUUAUUAAAUUGUAUACAUUUAUAAAAAAUGAAAUGAAGUUAUUAAAACAAUGUUUCAAUAUGAAUAAUUUAUUAGAUACUCCUUUUAUGAAAACGUUAAGACAUAAUUUUAGAAUGGAAUUUAAAAAAAAUUAUGAGAUGAAAAAAAUAAAAAAAGUGUAUUCCUUUUUUUUAAAUAAUCGAUUGUAUUCAGAAAUUUUUUUAAAUUGGGAAGGAAAUGAAGAACAUGAUAAUUAUAUGAACAAGUUAACUCGCUUCUACCUCAUCAAAAGUUUUGUCGAAAGUCAAAAAGGAAAAGUGAUAAAGUACGAAGAAGAACCCAUAUCUAAACAUAUGAAUCUAUUAGAAACAGAAAUGAAUGAAAAGUUUACUAACCAUCAGAUGGUUGAAGAAGGUGCCCAAACAACAGAUUCAUCUUCCAUCACAUGCCACAAUACAUGUAACAUAUUAGAUGCAAGCAAAGAUAAAUCAAAAUAUGAAUCCAUUUUUGCAAAUGAUACCCAAGAACAGCUAUCGAAAUGGAAUACUACAUCUUCGAACGUUCCUUCUUAUGCAUCGGACACUUGGAUGCAAAAACAAAACAUAGAACUAAUAAUGACAGAAAAGAAAAAAGUAAAAAAUAAUAAUAAAGAAAGUGAUAAUACCUUGGAGUGCUCAAGAAAAGAAAGAGUAAAACAUGGAAUAGAAAGCAAAUCCAUAUGUGAAAAAAAUACUGAAUAUUGUAUCUUUUCUGCGCAUGAAACUUUUUUACCCCUACAUUUGAUUAUGCCAUUAAAACACGAAUCUAUGUUAAACAUUUGGCUAUUCUUUUUUGUACAUAAAAAAAUGUUAGGUGUUAAGUUAUCGAUGAGUAAUCUGAAUGAGGAGUUAAUAUUUAUAAGAAGUAGUUGUAACAAAAAAAUGGCACUUCAAUUAAUCAGAGAAAGAAACAGGCUUAGUGAACAUAUUGUAAAGAAUGACAAAUUUAUUUCUUUUUUUCAAAAUCAUAGUGAUGAUGAAGAAUAUUUAACAUCACAAGGAAGAACAAAUCAUGCUAGGUAUAUAAAAUGUAAAGAUGAUAUCUUGGUUCUUCUUCUAAUGAUACUUCAUAGAUCAUUACAAAUUGAUAGAUACAUGAAAAGUCACUCCAUCAUGAAUAUCCAAAGGGGGCAUGACAUAAUGGAAGUGGCAGAAAAAGAAAAUUGCACCUCGCAUUACAUUUUGGAUUAUAUGGAAAAACCAUUGAUAAGUGAAUAUUGUAAUUUUUCUUUUGAUAAAAACUUCAAGGAUGUAAGAAGUAAAUCAACGUAUGGAGAAGAAAUACUUAUAGGGAAGGAAGGAGUGUUGCCAGUAAAUCGACCAAGUCAUGAUGAACAUAGGAGGAAACAUUUUUCAUCAGAUGACAGAAAAAAUGAUUCGAACCAAGUGUACAUUAAGGAAAGAAAUAUUUAUUCACAAGCUAGAGGUAACACUACUCGUGGAAGUUGUUCCAGUUUAAAGGAAAUUCCCAGCUUUCCAAUUCAUCACAUGGUAUCACCGAUAUCAUCUUUGUCAACACAUAAUGGCGUAAAAGGUAAACUUUCCCAAAAAAGGAAUCACAAUGUUAUGCAUGCGAAAAGACAAACAAUGAAAGAACAAAAAGGUUCCAUCUUGAACAGUUAUGAAGACAGUGGUCUUAAGGAGGAAAGUGAUAAGACAAAUAUUAACAUGCAUCAUUACUACAAAUUUAAUGUUGAAGAGAAAAAUAAUAAAAAGAGAUUCAUAUGUGAAUCCUCUCGCGAGACAGCUGUCAAAAAGGAUACCGAACCUACAGAUGUGAGAAACAUAGAAGGGAUGAGCAAAAGAAAUGAGCACGAUGAGAGCGAUGAAUAUGAUAAGCAAAAAGAAUAUGAUAAGGACAAUGAAUAUGAUAAGCAGGAUGAAUAUGAUAAGCAAAAAGAAUAUGAUAAGCAAAAAGAAUAUGAUAAGCAAAAAGAAUAUGAUAAGCAAAAAGAAUAUGAUAAGGAGAAUGAAUAUGAUAAGGAGAAUGAAUAUGAUAAGCAGAAAGAAUAUGAUAAGCAGAAUGAAUAUGAUAAGCAGGAUAAAUAUGAUGAAAUAAAAAAAGGAUUGAAUGAAAUUUCACCGUACACAGAUCACAGUAAUGUAAAAACGGAUGACAUACAUCCAAAGAAAGGACUAAACCGAGAGUGCGAAAAUGUGCUAUUAAAAAAGGAAUACAAACAAAACGAAAUUGUUCCUUUGAAAAAUAUGAACAAAAAAGAAAAAAGAGUUGAAAGAAAAUCAUUAGAAGUGGUAAAUAUUCCAAAUAACCCUUCUGCGGAUUUAUCAUAUGUACGAAAAUUAAUAGUGGACGAACGAGAUGUUUGUACUCGUUCUUAUGGAAACACUUUGACAGAUGUAUUUUUAAAAAGGAAUGAGAAGAAAAAACUUUUCGAAUGGUGUGACGAUGACAUUUUGUUAUUGGAUAAUGUAACUUGUCCUUUAUUUUUAAAAAAAUAUCUUUUCAUGAUUCUGUACCAAAUGACACAUUCCUUCCUUCUAUGUGAAAAUCAUUGUCAUAGGAAAGAUGGAAACAUGAAGACGUACAAUGAGUUGAAUACAAAAAUGCAUACAAUAUCCUUGGAAGAAGCAAAGAACACACCGAAUUUUUUGAAUAGAUGUCCAGAUAGACAAAUGAAAAACCAAAACCAUCAAACUGAAAGGAAAAUAAAUUCAGAAAUGAAUGAGAUCUUACAAAAUAUAAAACUAAAAAAAUAUACAUUGAGCUGGUUGCUCAGGCAGAAUUAUAAUUCCUUAUGGGGGACACCGAAGAGAGAAGAUAUGUUAACAAUUUUGAAUUUUUUGUGUGAAGAAAAUAACUCCUUCGAAAUGUUGAACAUAGAUGAAAAGAUGAAAGUUCUCAUAUUUAUUAUAAACACUAUACGUUCUAGUAUACAUUCGCUACAAGUUGAUAAAGAAAACGAAGUUUUCUCAUUUAUGAAUGAGAAAAUAUGUAUUCUUCAGGAGAGAGGAAUAUAUGAAACUACUGGCAGAAACUUAAAUGGAACCUCAGACCACAAUGCAGAGGAUGAGGGGGAUUCUUCUAAGACGGAAGGAUUUGUAUACAAAGAAAGAAACAUACAAAUGAGUGAAGAAGUAGAAAAUAUGCAAAAAGAAUUAAGAAGCAAGAGCAAUAGCAUAAAAAAAGCACAAGUUAUAAAUGUGAAAAGAAAUUAUGUCCAAAUAGUUAGUGAAGAUUUUAAGGUUAAAAUACAUUUACUAGGAAAAGAUAGAUACAAUAACAAGUACUACCAAUUUGGAGAUUUUUUGGGGUGCUCAGAUUGUAUAUAUGUUGAGUUCAUGAAUAUGGACAAAUCGAUAGAUCUUCAAUGUUCCCAUAAACCUGUGACGAGUAUCGUGCAGCAUAAGGAAAAGGCUAUUCCAUCACAGGGAAAUGAUCCUAUUUCUGCAUCUAAUCAAUUUAAUAGGAAUUUAAUGAACCCAACUAAAAGUAGAACCAAAAUUGGCUACAUUGAAGGUAUAGAUAAUAUAAGCCGUUUCAUCGAAACAUUUUCACCCUUUUCAUUGGAAGAAAAUAAAUUGAAAAUGAAACUCAUUCAGAUAAGAACAGAACUGAUAAAGGAAUGCUUUAGACAUCACAUGGAAGAUACACACAAAAAUGAUAUCAAUGAUGAUGCAGCUCGGACGAAUCCAAACAAGGAUAGAAAAAUAAAAAAUAAAAUAAAAAUAAAAGGGAAAGCUACGAAAAAUGUGAUUAGAAAUUUAAACCGAAGUGUUAACGAAGAGGAAAAACCAUUAAUAAGCUCUGAAUUUGCGUAUCUCGAAGAAGGAGAAAUCGAAAUGGUCAAACAAGGUGAAAAAAAAAUGGAGCGCAAACCUCAGGUAGAGAACCCGCUGUCAAAUAGGAACAGGGAAGUUUUACACAUGGGUAUGUGUACAAAUGGAAGUGAAAAUUAUGAGAAGGUGAAGGAGAGGACAGAGAAGGGGAAGACGGAGAAGCAGAGAAUAGAGAAGCAGAGGACUGAGAAGGGGAAAACGGAGAAGGAUAUUUAUUUCACAGAGGAAGAAAAACUGUUCGAGCAGUUCCUCUACUUGAGCGAAAAACUAGUGCAAUUUGAAAAAAAAAUAAACAUUAUUUUAAAUGAAGACAUGGAAAAAGAAAUAGAAAAUAAAAUAAACGAUUUGCUCCUUUCGUCUACACAUUACUUUUGCAAUAACCAGAUGACGCAAAAUGUUAAGAAAUCUAUUUUUAUAAAAUAUGUUGAUGUGAUACGUUCUAUUGAAAUGUUGCUCUUUUCAAAUUGUUAUUAUUCUAUUUUGAAAAAGAAAUGGAAACAAAAAUUACGAGUUCAAUGGUUGGAAGAACUGGGAGAACUAAAGAGCGAAAUUGAAAACCAUAUGAACAGAAUGAACACAAUAGAUAUUCUUCCUAUUUUGUGCACAUAUUUUAACAUAUUUCUAAUUUAUGGAAUAAGGAUAAGUGUUAUUCAUAUGUAUAAGAAAUAUAGCUUGAGUGAUCCCAGCUAUUGGAUUAAAACAGAAGAAGUGCAUAUUAGGGACGAGAAAAAAUUAUGUAUCCUUAAGAAAGUUAUAGAAUUAAUAAAUGAAUAUAAAAAAAGUGAAAUAGCUUGUUCCAAUGGGCAAAGAGGAAAAAGCGACGAGGAAAUAGAAGGGGAAGAUAACUCACAGAGAACUAAGCACUUAAAGGAUAGCGAAAAAUAUAUAAACAGUUUAAUAUACGAAGAUAUUAAUAAACUGAUUAACAAAAUAUACAAACUUUUACCAUUUAGAAAGAACGAAAAAUAUUUUUAUUUUAAGGAAGGCCAUUUAAAACAUAUCAAUCAAUUUUCGAAUAACAAAUUUCUUUUUUUGGAACAUGACAAUUUAGAUGACAUUGGAAGUGUUGAGUUGGUUGAAGUGAGAGACAUAAAGCUGUUUUUAUUCCCUAAAGGAGAUGCUAUAUUAGGAGGAUUACAUAGAGAGGGAGAAAACUGUGAAGGUAGAGACGGAGAAAAUUCUGCAGAUAGACAAUAUCGAGUGGAAGACGAAGGAGGUAUGCACAUAUCGUGUUACACAAGAGAUGAUAAAAAUUUCAAGGAAAAGAAAGAAGGCAAUCCGAAGGAAGGGCGGAUGAAAUACUUGUCUAGGAAAGAACUCAAUGUUACGCAGAAAAGAAUAGAGACGACCCAAACGAGAAAGAAAAACACACUAAAAAAAAUGAAAGCUAAUGAGGAAUGGUCAGGUGGAACAUGUGAUCAAGUUACAUAUUAUAGAAAUUAUUGCAUAUUAUAUAAUGAAAUAUUCGAAAUUAAAGAGAAAGUGGAAAAAGAACAAUUUAAUGAUUAUUAUAAACCUAAAAAAUUAUAUUUUGAGUCGUUUGAAAAAUUUGGCAUACCUUUUAGCACACAAAUUGGUAAAAAUAUGUUAAGUCCAUAUUAUAGCACAUUUGAAGUUGGCAAAAAUGCAUUUAAGAUGAAAACUUCUAAUAGUAUGAAUUUUAUGAAAACAGCACCUUCAGUGUUCAGAGAUGACAUAAACGAAACUUUUAUUUUUUUAUGUCAACUGCAUUGUGUACUUUACCCACGACAUUAUCAAGAAAAAGACAUUUCUGACGAAAAAAUCAGAUUAACAAAUGAGUAUCAUUCAAGAGAAACAUGUCUUCAACCGAACUCGAAAAUUUUUCUCUUUAGCAUAUGUUUUGAUGAAAAUAUGAAAACUGUUUUGUACCUCAUCCGGACUAAGCAAUAA